AUCGAAGUUUAACUUCAGCAGCAGCGAGACUAACCCAAAAUAGUGUUAAUAAUUCUAACAUUUUAGCACACUUGAAAAAGAGGUGGUGUUCUCCGCCGGCGAAGUCUCACUCCUCUUUCAGCGCCGCCGCCGCAGUUUGUUCAAUCUAAGAUAAACUAACAAUGGAUCUAUUAUUGCUGACACUGUUUCUUGGAUUUGUAUCGGGGAUGCUCAUUCUCAUCCCUCGACUUCGUAAAUCUGAUACUGGAAAAGUGGCGCAGCAAAAGUUUGCUUCUCAGGCGUCCAAAGAAUACACCAAAGCCGAUGUUUCAUCACACAAUAAGAGGACUGACUGUUGGAUCAUCAUAAAAGAUAAGGUCUAUGAUGUUACCUCCUAUGUAGAGGAGCACCCUGGUGGUGAUGCUAUCCUUGUACAUGCUGGUGAUGAUUCAACUGAAGGCUUCUUUGGGCCACAACAUGCUACACGUGUCUUUGACAUGAUUGAGGACUUCCACAUUGGUAAUCUAGUAAAGUAAUUAUUUGGACAUUGGCUCAAUUGGUCAGUUUUAAAUCAUGUAAUUUUGGAGCUCAACCGUAUUAUGUUUUAAACAUUGCAGUGCAUUCAACUUAAUUCCUCGUUUCUUUUUUGUUAAUCAAGCUUGUGAUCCCUUUUGUUCUUCUAGUUUGAUCACUGAUUUUAUUUCUUCCAGUAGUAUCAGACUAGGGAAAAUGCAAACUUGUUAUAACAGAUUUCUUA